GCGGCCCGCGCCAUCUGGGCCGCGAGGAUCAAGGUUGCGGACAGGAAGCAGGCAUUUCGCAACAACUUCCGCCAGUCCAUCCGAGGCGCUAUCAGGCAGAGCCCCAACAUCCAAGACGGCUAUGCCAGAAUCAACUUCCUGUUGCUGCUGCUGCUGCUCAUCCGCCCUUGCUCCCACCACGCUGGCUGGAGGUUCUUGCUCGAGGUGACAGGCCGCUCUACGCCCGUGAUGCGGCCCCGCACGGGGCGCGAGUGGACCUCGAAGCCUGACGUGAUCCGCCGCAAAUACAUUAAGAAGGAGGCCGAGGAGAUUGCUGAGGUCGCAGCGCUUGCGGAGGCGUUCUCC